UGGCGGCGCGGGGGGCGCGGGGCUCCGUCCCCGCCCGAGCGCGGCGCCGCUGCCGGAGGAUGAGCUGCGGCCGGCCCAAGGACAUGGAAGCCGCCGCUGCCGCCUCUGCUCACUUCAGCUUCUGCCGCAGCCUCCUGGAGCACACGGUGUCGGCCGAGAACCUGAGCUACCGCCUGCAGCGCACCGCGGGCAGCAGCCUCACCUGGCAUGACGGCCGCAGCCAGCGCCCCGACGGCAGCCGCACCGUCAAGCUCCUGCGGCAGCCGGGCACCGAGGGCUCGCAGGUCCGUGGCUGUGACCACUAUGGCAUCUACCACACCAGCCCCACGCUGGGCAGCCUGGUCAAGCCAGUGGUGCUGUGGACCCAGCAGGAUGUGUGCAAAUGGCUGAAGAAGCACUGCCCACACAACUAUCUCAUCUACGUCGAGGCGUUCUCCCACCACGCCAUCACAGGCCGGGCGCUGCUGCGGCUGAACGGGGAGAAGCUGCAGCGCAUGGGGAUCGCGCUGGAGACGCAGCGCCAGGAGCUGCUGCAGCAGGUCCUGCAGCUCCAGGUGCGCGAGGAGGUCCGGAACCUGCAGCUGCUCAGCCAAGCUUCUUUUGGAAAUGUCUCCUAGCUGAUCCGUCUGUUUGGCAGAUUGCACCAACACUGUGAACCGAGCUCCGCUGGGAUGGGCUGUGCAUCGCCGAUACGAGACCUGAGCCACACACUUGGAAUAAGAAGAGACAGCUUCCCAGACACUCCAGGGCUCCUCUCCUGCUUCUUCCUUCUCUUUC